AAUUCGCUGUUAUUAUUCGAUCCAUUAGAUGAAAAUACAAUUAAAGGAAUAGAAAAAGGAGAAUUAAAAGAAGAGAAAGGAAGAAAUGAAAUAUUAUAUCAGAAAUAUCAUUGGGAUAUUUUUGCAUCAAAAUCUCUUCUUUGUAUUGGACCAGAAGAAAAAAGUCCAAAUGUAUUAUUAAAUGACAUUUUAGAAGAAGAAAAAAGAGAAAAAAUAAAUAAAAUGAAAGAAGCAUGUUGUAUUGGAUUUAAAUGGGCAAUGAGUUCAGGACCAUUAUGUGAAGAAGAAAUGAGAAAUUGUAGAGUAAGAAUUAUUGAUCUUGAAUUUGAAAGAAAUGUUGAUGAACAACAAGUUAUUCAAGCAUUAAGAAGAUCAAUUUAUGCAGGAAUUAUUCUAUCAUCACCACAACUUUUAGAACCAAUUUAUUCAGUUGAAAUUAUUACUCCAGAAAAUGCAAUUAAAGGUAUAACUAAAAGUAUUAGUGAUAGACGUGGUUUUAUUAUUCAACAACAACCUCUUGAAGGUACUCCAUUCCAACAAAUUCAUGGAAAUAUCCCAUUAAUAGAAAUAUUUGGAUUUGAAACAGACAUUAGAACAUUCAGUAGAGGCCAAGCAUUUGUUCAAAGUUGGUUUGAUCACUGGGGAAUUGUUCCAGGUGAUCCUUUAGAUAAAGAAAUUAAACCAUUAAAUUUACAACCAAAUCCUCAACCUUAUUUGUCAAGAGAAUUUAUGAUGAAAACAAGAAGAAGAAAAGGAUUAAUUGAUGACGUUGAUACGUCAAAGUAUUUUGAUGAAGAAAUGCUUUCAACAAUGGACCAAAAUAAUUUCAUAUUUUGA